UUCAUCAGGGCGUCCUGGUUCCUCAACGUGACGUGGACCUUGUUGAUCCGGGUGUCGUCCAAGCCACUAUGGGUUCAUAUUUAUCUCUCUCGCUCAUGUCUGCGGGAGCAGUGAUGACGUCAGAGGACCUCUUAAACACUCUGGAAGAUUUGGGAGAUGAAGAGUUUAAUAAAUUCAAGUGGUUCCUGCAGCAGGAAGAGAUCCUUCAAGACCUCCCGACCAUCAAAAAGAGCCGACUUCAGGCAACAAGGAGGUGGGACACCGUAGACCUGAUGGUGCAGACAUACAGACUUCCUGGAGCUGUUGAGGUGACCGGGAAGGUUUUAGAGAGGAUCCACAGGAAUGAUCUGCUGGAGAGUUUGUCUGCCAUCCGCUCUGGAGCAGAAGCGGAUGUCAGUGAUGGUGGGGAGACAUCAGAGAAAAGAGGAUCUUCCUCCUCUCAGACUCGGGAUUCUUUUUCUCAGACCAAUGAGAAUACUGAUGUGAUGGUUCCAGUACCAGAGCCUUGCCCCAUCACAUCUUACCAACAGAUGCUUCAAUCAAACUUCCAGGACAAGUUCAUGUGUGCACAAGAAGGUUGGGCAGAAGAUAAACAGCGUCUGGCUGAUAUCUACACAGAGCUGUACAUCACAGCUGGGUACGAUGUACAUAUCAACACACAGCAUGAGGUCCGGCAGAUUGAAAAGGCAUGGAAGCCAGCAGAACCAGAGAAACCUAUUAGACCCACAGACAUGUUCAAACAUCCUUCAGGAGACUACAGACCCAUCAAAACAGUGAUGACCAAUGGAAUCGCAGGAAUUGGAAAAACUUUCCUUGUUCACAAGUUUGUUUUGGACUGGGCUGAACAAAGAUCCAAUCAAGAUGUGCAUCUGAUUUUCCCCUUCACCUUCCGUCAGCUGAAUCCACUGAAGGGAGAAAAGUUCAGUUUGGCAGAGCUCAUUCAUGAAUGCAUCCCAGAAACUGUAGGCAUCCCACAGGACGCUCUGAAUUACAUCUUUACAGAUGUUCAGUCAUCAGGAAUCACCAACUAUGACAAGAGUAAAUUCAAACUUCUGUUUGUGUUUGAUGGGCUGGAUGAGAGCCGCCUUCAUCUCGACCUUCAUUCUGAAGACAUUCGCUCUGUCGAUGUAACAAAGGCAACUAAAACAGAUGUCUUGCUGAGGAAACUCAUCAAUGGAAAAGUGCUACGCUCUGCUCGCAUUUGGAUAACCACACGACCCGCAGCAGCCAAUCAGAUCCCUCGAGAGUUUAUCAGCAGUACAACUGAGGUCAGAGGGUUCACUGACCCACAGAAAGAGGAGUACUUCAGGAAGAGAUUCAAAGGUAAGGAGCAAGCUGACAAACUCAUCUCCCAUAUCGUGACAUCACGAAGCCUCCACAUCAUGUGCCACAUCCCAGUCUUCUGCUGGAUCACUGCAACAGUUCUGGAAGAUGUGUUGAAAACCAGAGAGGGAGGAGAGCUGCCCAAGACUCUGACUGAGAUGUACGCAGAGUUCCUGGUGUUUCAGAUUGAUCGGACAAAGGAAAAGUAUGGCCCAGAGAAGAGCAUUCAAUACAUUAAGUCAUUAGCAAAACUGGCCUUUGAGCAGCUGGAAAAGGGCAACCUGAUCUUCUAUGAGAAGGAUCUGAGAGAGAGCGGCAUUGAUUUCAGUGAAGCCUCGGUGUGCUCAGGAGUGUUCACAGAGAUCUUCAAAGAAGAUCGAGGAAGGAAAGGGAAAGACAAGAUGUUUAGCUUCGUCCAUCUGAGCGUUCAGGAGUUUCUGGCUGCUCUUUAUGUGAGGAUGUCGCUUAAUAACAGUAACAUAAAUGUGAUGCCAUUGCCACAACCAUCAUUGAAAAACCUUCGGCUGUUUUUCAGUAAAACACCUUCAAAGAAAAUCCACAGGAAUUUCAUUAACAGGGCCUUACAGAGUCCAAAUGGUCACCUGGACUUAUUCCUUCGCUUCCUCUUGGGUCUUUCACUGCAGACCAAUCAGGAUAAACUACAGGACCUGCUAAUGAAAAUAGACAGUAGUUCAGAGACCACCCAGAAAACAGUCCAAUACAUCAAAAAGAAAAUCAGUGAGAAUCUGUCUCCAGAGAGAAACAUCAAUUUGUUUCACUGUCUGAAUGAACUAAAUGAUCAUUCGUUAGUGGAGGAGAUCCAACAGUCCCUGAGUUCAGGAUGUCUCUGCACUCAUGAACUGACUCCAGCUCAGUGGUCAGCUCUGGUCUUCAUCUUAGUGUCAUCAGAAGAACAUCUUAAUGUUUUUGAACUGAAGAAAUACUCUCCUUCUGAGGAAGCUCUUCUAAGACUAUUGCCUGCGGUCAAAGCUUCCAACACAAUAAUACUGAGUGGCUGCAACCUGACAGAGGAAAGCUGUAAAGUACUGUCAUCAGUUCUCAGCUCCAAGUCCUCCACUUUGAGAGAGCUCGACAUGAGUAACAAUGACCUGCAGGAUUCAGGGGUGACCUUGCUGGCGGCAGGAUUGGAGAAUCCACACUGUAAACUGGAGAUUCUCAGACUGAGUGGCUGUAAUCUUUCAGAGGGAAGCUGUAAAACACUGUCAUCAGUUCUCAGCUCCAAGCCCUCCACUUUGAGAAUGAUCGACAUGAGUAACAAUGACCUGCAGGAUUCAGGCCUGACUUUGCUGACCACAGGACUGGAGAAUCCACACUGCAAACUGGAAAUUCUCAGGUUGUCAGGCUGUCUAAUCACAGAGGAAGGCUGCACUUCCUUGUCCUCUACUCUGAGGUCCCACCCCUCACACUUGAGAGAGCUAGACCUUAGCUACAAUCAUCCAGGAGACUCAGGAAUUAAGCUUUUGUCUGCUGUACUGGAGGAGCCAAGCUGCAGACUGGACACUCUCAGGCUGGAACAUUGUGGAAAGCAGAGACUGAAACCCAGACUGAAGAAGUAUUUCUGUGAGCUCACACUGGACACAAACACGGUGAACAGGAAUGUCGUGGUGUAUUACAACACGGUGAUGAAAGGGCUGAGGCUGAAGCAACCAUACCAUGAUCAUCCAGAGAGGUUUGACUGCUGUCAGCUGCUGUGUACAAAUGGUCUGACUGGUCGCUGUUACUGGGAGGUCGAGUGGAGAGGAGGGGCUUAUGUAGCAGUGAGUUACAAAGGAAUCCGAAGGAGAGGAAAGGGUGCUGAAUGCUGGUUUGGAUGGAAUAAUCAGUCGUGGAGUAUCUUCUGCUCUCCUGUUGAUGGUUACUCUGUCUGGCACGACAGGAGAAGAACUGUGCUCUCCUCAGUCCCCUUCUCCUUCAUCUUUAAUAGAAUAGCAGUAUACUUGGACUGGCCUGCAGGCACUCUGUCCUUCUACAAAGUAACCUCUGACUCACUGUUCCACCUCCACACCUUCACCACCACAUUCACCGAGCCGGUGUAUCCUGGAUUUGGGUUCUGGCUUGCCGGUUCCACAGUGUCUCUGUGUUAACUGUGGAAUAAAAUCUCCUCGUUUCCCCAAACCGGAGAUGUUUGACCUGUGGCGGCUGUAUAGACAGAUUUCCAUGAGCAGUUUGUACAUGUUUGUAUCACAUGUAUUUUAUAUAGAUAGAGUGAUAUGAGCAGCCUUACAGGUACAUGCAUGCCUUUAGGCAGUGAUUGAAACCAGAGUACAGACAGAACGUGCCCUGGUGUCAGACUACAUUUUCUAUUUGUAUUUACUUCAGGGGUGGGUAACCUCCUGGUAGAACCCUAACACCUGGUCAUCAAAUCUGCUUUUUAAAAAUAUAUAUUUUUAAACUCCUCAGAUCCCUUUGGUGGUUAACCUUGAACAUUUUGUAUGAAAGCCAAAAGCAGCACAUACUAUCUGUAAAAAAAAAAAAAAAAAAAAAAAAAUUAAAUGUAAAGCUAGUUACUUUAUCCUUAUUAAACACAUCAAGCUAUGUGUACCUGGA